ACAGCCUUUAAAACAUUUUUUUGUCUACCUUUUAGGUUCUUAUGGAUGGGCGCAAAAUAGCCAUUGCUUCGGACACAAUAGACAGUACGCCGUUAUUUAGUUACUCUGGAUUGUUAUCUGUGUCAGCUACGUUGGUGAGGAACUGGGCUGUCAUAUUCCUUGGAGCAGAAGAUGGACGAUUGAUUAAGCUGGUUCUGGAUGAAAACAUGAAAGUACUUCGGCCGAGUAUUCUGAUUGAACUACAAGAUGACUCUCCAAUUAAGCACAGCAUAAUGUUUGAUAAAAUAGAUCCACAUUACUUCUACCUGUUAACUGAGAGGAUGGUGAGACGGCUGAAGGUGGCAAACUGUAGCCAGUACAGUUCGUGUGAAGAUUGUUUGUUGGCACAGGACCCGUACUGUGGAUGGUGUUUGCACGAGGAAAGGUCUGUUUGUACAAAGCAGCCGAGUAGCAGCAACACUGCUGGACGUCUACCUCGUAAAGCAAUGUUUGAAGAUAGAGGAACUCAACGCACCAGGCAGCAUCUCUGGAGGAAAGAAGUAGGUGACGUUUCGGGUCAAGACCCUUCUUCAGACAGAACGCGAAACGUCACAUUCCUUUUUCCAGAGAGGCUGCCUGACCAGCUGAGUUACUUCAGCUUUUUGUGUCUAUCUUUAGUUUAUACCAUCAUCUGCAGUUCCUUCCUAAACACUGAUGUUAAUCUGUUUUGUAAUCAAAAUCAGGACAGUUUUUGAGCAGGAGUAUUUUUCUGCAAAAUUUCAAGGUUGUUUAUAUGGUUUAU